AUGAAAUCAUCCACAAUUUUAAUAUUCUUCUUUUCGCAGGCACUCUUUCUCUUCCUAUCCGCACUCACCUUCAGACUCUAUCUAUCCUCCAAAAAUAAUGUCAAAUGUUCCAUGUCUUUUUUAAUUCUGACAGCUCCUCGUCAAAUGGAAGGAAAUAGUUUUCAUUAUUUAGGACAAACAAUUAAUAGUAUUGCAAAAUUAAAACAACGAUUAUUCAAUCCUUGUAUUAUAAUUUUCAAUAGUAAAGGAGAAGCUUUUAAAGAAGAAGUUGAAUUUAUGGUUCAGAGCUCGGCACUUGAUGCACAUGUGACAAUUUAUCAUAAAAAGAAGGAAUGGGAAAGUUAUAACUUUGAUAAUUCACAAUUAUCACCGAAAAAGAAGCAUCAAUCGAAUGAUUUUUAUGAUAUGAUUAAAAUUGUCAAUGAACAAUUGAGAAUUAAGGAUAAUACUCCAAUUGCAAUUAUGGAAGAUGAUUUUAUAAUGUGUGAAGGAGCUCAUUAUCAUUUUGGAAGAAUAUUUGAAAAGAUUCAUGAAUUGGAAUCGAAUGGAAAGGAUUGGGUUGGAUUCAGAUUUUCAUUCGGUUUAAAUGGUGUUUUAAUUCAGAGAAAGGAUUUGGGAUUUUUAUUGAGAUUUUUAGAAAGAGAAGCAGAAACUGAUACUCCAAUUGAUUGGUUAUUGGAACAGUAUUGGCAUCAAUUGAAUCAUUAUGGAAAAAUGAGAUUUAAAGAGAGAUUAUUCUAUAUUUAUAGAUAUCAAUUAAUGAAACAUAUUGGAGUGACUUCAUCUGUUGGAAAUGAAAGAAAUAUUGAGAGAAAUAAUUUGGAUUUCCCUAAUUGUAUGGAACCUCAAACACAAUCUCAAUUAUUGGUUCUCUUUCAAGUGGAGGGUUGUCCAAAUUCCUACUUUUUCCCAUGUAAUGAUACUCUCGUGGGUCCUAAUACUGUCACUAAGAGAAUUCCAAAAUCUAGUUUAGCAUUCAUGCUUCCAUAUAUAGAUGAUGAGGAAUAUGAAUUUAAUCAUGAUACAUUGAGAUUACCAUCAUUUCCUUCCUCAAAUCCAAUUCCACUCAGUGAAUUGAAAAAAGUGAGAAGUGUUCCAUGUGAUGCAGGCGAAAGUUGUUCCAAUUGUUGUGAAAGAUUUGAUUCAGUUUGUGAUGCAAGAUUCUUUUCGUAUAUCAAUCGAUGUGAUGAAUUGAAACGAUAUGCACCUAAUUGUGUUUGUACCUAUGAGAGAAAUCCAGUAUUAGAUUCCAGUUCUCCAUUAUUGGAUGGUGAGUACUGUAUCCUAGGAUCUAGACAGAGUCGUUUCAGAUGUCAGAAUGAUAUGUAUGGAAAGAGGAGAUUGUGUCCAUGUUUUAGAGAUCAACAACAGCAGCAACAGCAGAAUAAGAAGAAGAAUUUGGACGUUCAGAGGGCUUAG